AUGGUCGCCACCGUCGAGGGGACGAAGAGCAGCGAGGGCAGCCCUACGAGGACGGGCGCCACCUACGGCAGCGGCGUGCAAGGAACCAUAUUUCGGAACGAGUUGGGGAAGCGGUCCAACACCGUGGCGUGGGACCUCGGGAGCAGCACCGUCUCGUGGAAGACGGCCAGUGGCGGCUCCAGGAACGGUGCGUGGGAGAUGCAGAAGAUCGUCGGCGACACCAUCGGCAUCGGGUUCAGCGGCUUGGUGAGCUUGACGUGCGGUUUGACGAGCGAGCGGAGGAAAGGGACCAGCUCCGUUAGGGGCAGCGGCGGCCACUCCACGCGGUAG